AUGGCGUGUCCCGCGUGCCAAGACGCCCGCUUCCACCGGCACUGCAUCCAGAGACUGGCUCUGCACGCUGGCAUUGACUUCCGAUGCCCGCGUUGCCUCAAACAAGAGCCGUUCAUGACGGAAAUGCUCACCAUGGGGAUCCGACUCUCUAAGAGACCCCCAUCAUGGCAGAGUGACCCAGACGUCGGACCCUCAGAUCAGAGGCACGGCCGCUGCGAUGCCACAACGUGCCUUUGUCCAGGAGGCAGGGAGCACUCGCAGGCACACGGUGCCUCGGGUCCUCCUUCGCCCUGGUCGCGCCAUCCAUAUCCAUCCGCGACUGUGCUCACGGUGGACGGCGAGGAGCCGCUCCUCCGGCACCCACCAAGGAGUGACCUGCCCGCACCCACGCAGGAGUUCCCUUGCCGGGGGAACCAUCCCGCACCCAGCAGACUUGGUGGGCCUCGUGUGCACGUGGCUCUGGGGACUCUGAGCUGGCUCUGCCCACAUCCCACUCACUGUCUGGAGAUGCAAACAGACCAAAAAGCUCCAGUCCUGACAUUCAUGGGGCUGCUGUGCUCUUUCCAGAGCUGUUUCAUCUGCUGCAAGAUGGGGGCCACCAUCACCUGCUGCCAGACGGCCUGCGACCGCACCUUCCACCUGCCCUGUGCCCCAGACGGACAAUGUGUCACCCAGUACUUCGGGGCCUACAGGUCCUUCUGCUGGGAGCACCGCCCACAGCAGGCACUGCGGCCACGUCCAAGCCAGGACAACACCUGCACCAUCUGCCUGGACACGGUGGAAGACAACAUCUCCUACAUAACCAUGGCAUGUCCCGCGUGCCAAGACGCCCGCUUCCACCGGCACUGCAUCCAGAGACUGGCUCUGCACGCUGGCAUUGACUUCCGAUGCCCGCGUUGCCUCAAACAAGAGCCGUUCAUGACGGAAAUGCUCACCAUGGGGAUCCGACUCUCUAAGAGACCCCCAUCAUGGCAGAGUGACCCAGACGUCGGACCCUCAGAUCAGAGGCACGGCCGCUGCGAUGCCACAACGUGCCUUUGUCCAGGAGGCAGGGAGCACUCGCAGGCACACGGACCCUGGCAACUGCGCCUCUGCAGCUCCUGCGCUGCUGAGGGCAUCCACCGACUCUGCUCCUCUUUGGGGAACAGCACCUGCUCCUGGGAGUGCAGCACCUGUGCUGCCACCGACACUGGUAGGCAACAAAGCUUUCAGCACUAUGCAAUCCACACAGGGACCACAAUGGGCCUGGCACCAGGGCCCUCGGCACAGCUUGGCUCCUGGAAAGGGCGGGAUACCACAGCGGCCUCUCCUGCCUGCAGCCUGGGGACUGUCCUGACAACCUUCCUUCUGCCUGCCCCUCUUUGCAGGUUCCACUGGCAAAUCAGACCUUGUGGGCCCCAAAACCUCAAGCACAGAACUGCUGACUCUGUCCCAGGACACGGUGCUCCUCAAGAGCAGCUGCUCCAUCAGCCCUCAGCAGGCCUUCAAGCAGCACUGCGGCCACGUCCAAGCCAGGACAACACCUGCACCAUCUGCCUGGACACGGUGGAAGACAACAUCUCCUACAUAACCAUGGCGUGUCCCGCGUGCCAAGACGCCCGCUUCCACCGGCACUGCAUCCAGAGACUGGCUCUGCACGCUGGCAUUGACUUCCGAUGCCCGCGUUGCCUCAAACAAGAGCCGUUCAUGACGGAAAUGCUCACCAUGGGGAUCCGACUCUCUAAGAGACCCCCAUCAUGGCAGAGUGACCCAGACGUCGGACCCUCAGAUCAGAGGCACGGCCGCUGCGAUGCCACAAGGUGCCUUUGUCCAGGAGGCAGGGAGCACUCGCAGGCACACGGGUAA